GACACGUCAGGCACAGGUGGAGAACUGCGGGCGGGCGAAGUAUACUCUCCAGUCCCUGGGGGCGGUUCCUCCCAGAGUGGCACCCCAGGCACUUGCAAGGGUGGUCCCUCACUUCGGCAACCCCUGGCGAGCAAGGAGUACAUAGUUCAGGAGACGCCGUUCUCAGCCAAUCUGCAACAAAUGCUGAGUGAGCAUUAUCAACGACCUCCGACCUACCAUCACAGCGCGUGUCGGAUGCUGGUGGUUCAAUUCAUUCAGCACAUGAUUCUGCCUUUUGUCUUGGUGUGCAUCGUGGGCAUAGGUGUGCUUCGUCACUUGCACCUGUUGGACUCUGUGGGUAGUGGGGGAUGGUGGGAGGGGUUGGUAACACUGCCCAUAGCAGUCACACUUCCCCUCCUUCCACUUGUCUUCCCCUCCACCUGGCUGCUGCUUAUGGCUUACGGCAACGCUCGGAUAUCGGCGCUGUUACAGACUGACACACACUAUGCUGCCAAGAUCAUAAACAGUUCCGACAAUAUUAUUAGAACAACUCUUGAAAAUUCAAAAAAAACGUCAGAAGACCCAGACGCCGAUCCGUUUGAUGAGACCGAGAUAGAUAGGAGCACUCUGACUGUGCUGGACCUGGCUGAACUGAAACAUCACUUUGUCACGAGCUGCUGGGACAGGAACAAUCUCACACGCUCUUCCAAUACUGCAUGCAUUGGGAUCUAUCACG